UCGCGCUGACCAUUGCAUUGCAAGUAUCGCAAGCGCCGAGUUUGGCCGAGUCGUUUGAUUUUCGCCUAUUCACGUCGUAGACGUGUAAACAAAAAUUUUCGUAUCACAGCUAAUAACGUUACUCUGUAUAUAUCGUUUCUGAGAAAUGAGUUCGAUAGGCACAGGGUAUGACCUAUCCGCUUCGCAAUUUUCGCCAGACGGACGCGUAUUUCAAGUGGAAUACGCUCAGAAAGCCGUAGAAAAUGGAGGAACAGUUAUUGGCUUACGAGGAAAAGACAGCGUAGUAUUCGCUGUAGAAAAGAUAGUGACAUCAAAACUUUAUGAAGUAGGUGCUAAUAAACGGAUAUUCAAUAUAGAUCAGCAUGUUGGUAUGGCUGUCUCUGGUAUAAUAUCAGAUGCAAGACAAAUCGCAGAGACUGCAAGAUCAGAAGCCGCGAGUUAUAAAGCACAGUAUGGAGUCGGUAUUCCACUGAAGUAUUUAAACGAAAGGGUAUCUAUGUACAUGCACGCUUAUACUUUGUAUUCUGCUGUUCGUCCUUAUGGUUGCUCCGUUCUACUCAGCGCUUAUGAAAGUGACGGUCCAGCAUUAUAUAUGAUAGAUCCAUCGGGAGUAUCGUAUGGUUACUAUGGUUGUGCAGUAGGUAAAGCAAAACAGUCGGCAAAAACAGAAAUUGAAAAGUUAAAGUUACCAGAGAUGUCGUCUAAGGAUUUAGUUAAGGAAGCUGCUCGUAUUAUCUAUCUUGUCCAUGAUGAAUUGAAAGAUAAACAGUUUGAAUUGGAAAUGAGUUGGGUUGGCGCCCAUACCAAUGGAAGGCACGAACGUGUACCAAACGAUAUAAAAACUGAGGCCGAGACGAAGGCACGGCAGGCAAUGGCGGAAGAUUCGGACAGCGAUACCGAAGACAUGUAAAAUAAUAUUAGGAAUACUGCCAUUAAAAUUCUUUGUAUUGCAAAUGAAAAAAUUAAAUAUUAAUAUGCACCGAUUCAAGAUUUUAAUGAAGUAAAUAAAGAGUCCUUUAUUUAAGAAAA